GACCUGCUAAGAGGUUCUCGCUUUUAUAGCUCAGGUGGAGUGUUUAUCGCCCAUUUCCCCAUACUGCUCCACGUACAUAUCUCCGUGGGCAGUUGCGGUGGUCGAGAGCUGUGAGGACCCCCAGCCAGCAGGUGACCGUCUUCAGUUCCCAGCGAAUCGCUCAACAAGAUAGAUCGCGAAUUUCUUGCCACAAUCUUCUUCUUCGAAAAAAUUCUCCCAGCAGAAUAUUCGUGGAAAUAAUGUGAGAAAAUUUUCGUGACGGAUUUUCUCGACUUUUUUUCCCUCCCAUUGUGAUAAAACCACCAGUAAAUAUUCCUCAAGAUAUUUCUUCUCGCUCCUGACAAAAGGAUUCACAAUAUUGAAAACGAUUUCGCGAAUACUUUUGUGAUAUAUACAUACAUAUAGGAGAGUUGGUAUAUAGCAAGUGUUAAGCUGCCUUUUGUGAUUCUCUGUGUGAGGAAAAAAUCAAACCAAUUCACAUCGAUAUGGAGAAUAUUUUAGUUGUUUACGGAAUUCUUCUCUCUGCCAUCAAUCUCUCCGUGGCCAUUCCGGACAUUUUGCCGAUUUUUAACAUACCACCCGGAAGCCUGGGGCAUGUGAACAGAACAGAAGCUGAGGUGAAGGAGGUGCAGGGACCACAAUACUCCAAUAGCUACCUACCGGCACUCAUGCAAGUGUUGCAACACUACACGGAGCUCAUGCAGUACGAACCACUGCAGCCACCCAAGAGGACCACAACGACUCAACGAACCACGACAAGGUACACCACGACCACGCCCAGGACCACCAAGUAUCCCAGUUGGAUGGUGCAGAGUACAACGCAGGCAGCCCUUCAGGAAUCAACACCACCUCAUAGACCAGGAUAUUUCAGUCCUGAACGUCCUCCAAGGCCUGUACUGGGGAACAAGAGACCCCUGAGCCAACCACAGAAACCAGAACAGACAUCCUUCUAUCGUCCCAGUCAGACACCAAUUCGACCUUCCACGGGGAACUUCUUCAGCACUCCCGAUGCCAAUAAGCAAUUCUACAAUUGGUUCUUCCAGGAUAAAUCGAAAAAGCUUGAAACGAACUUUGAUUAUGAUCUUCAACUGCUGGAUCCCCUGCCGAAGGCUCUUCUGCACGAUAUUGAACAGGAAUCCCCGCACCUUCCGGCCCUCCUCGAUGAGGACAAUGUGGAGGAGUUUCUGAAAAUGUACGACGACCACUUUGCCAGGAAUGUCGCCACGACGGGAAGGAAGAAGGUACCACCAACGAAGCCCUACGUGGAGAUGGUGGUGCUCUAUGACAUCCUCAAGAGGGAAGCUAAAGCUCUCAUGCUCAAUAAGUUCACGGGGUACUCGGAGGAGGUGCUGAGGGAGCUCCAGAUGACAUCCCAGUGGACGGGUGACAAGCAGUUGCACUUCAUCCUGAGCAAAACAUUGGAACGGAAGGAUGUUACGAGGGCGGAUAUUGUGGCUCGUCUGACCUCAAUGAUAAAAGAUCUGGGAAACCCCAACAAUAUCACGACAAAAACUGUAAGUCAAAUCCCACCACUUCAGUUUUCACCGUGAAAGAGAUUUUUUUUCUGCUGUAUGCAAUUUUAAUUAAAUCUAAAUAAUAAAAAAAAUGUUGCCAAUUGAAAA